AUGCAGGAAGUGAGUUUUCAUCGACUGCUGCAGUCUCCCAGUGUCCGUGGAGAUCAGGCUCUCUUCAGAUACGGAGACAGUUCCACCGGAGGGGGAGUAUAUAGAGGAACACAGGGGUCUGUACAAGGUCGUGAUGAUGGAGAAUCACCGGCCCCUCACAUCACUGGAUGGGCCCAGUAACAGAGAUACCCCAGAGAGAUGUCCCCGUCCUCUGUAUUCCCAGGACUGUACAGAGGAGAAUCACAGGAUCGCACAGGAGGAUCAGGUAGAACGUCUUUCUCGUAUAAAGGCAGAAGAUAUAGAGGGAGAAGAAGAGAUGUAUGUGACUGAUAUAAAGGUAGAAGAUAUAGAGGGAGAAGAAGAGACAUAUGUGACUGAUAUAAAGGCAGAAGAUAUAGAGGGAGAAGAAGAGACGUAUGUGACUGAUAUAAAGGCAGAAGAUAUAGAGGGAGAAGAAGAGACGUAUGUGACUGAUAUAAAGGCAGAAGAUAUAGAGGGAGAAGAAGAGACGUAUGUGACUUGUAUAAAGGUAGAAGAUAUAGAGGGAGAAGAAGAGACGUAUGUGACUGAUAUAAAGGCAGAAGAUCCAGAGGGAGAAGAAGAGACGUAUGUGAGGGGUGAUCAGCAGUGUAAGGAGGAGGAGAUCCCUACAGAUAUCAGCACAGCAGAUGGACACACAAGCAGGAAUAUCUCAGAAGGACAUCUAAUGUUAUCCCCGGAUUGUGACAUAAAAGAUGACAGUAGACAGGAUUCUCCAGGACCUACUCCCAUUACCCCAAUUAUACAUCCAGCUCUAUCAGCUGAUCCAUCUGAUCCUGGGAGAUGUUCUCCUGAUCCCUCUGAUAUUGGUGCAUCUGUUACAGCUCUAAGAGUAGAUACAGUGUUUCUGUGUUCUAUAGAUGCCAAAUGUUUUACACAGAACACAAAGCUUAUUACCCAUCAGCCUGCUAAGGCAGAUGAGAAGCAAUUUCCAUGUUCUGAGUGUGGAAAAUGUUUUACAUACAAAUCAGGUCUUGUUACACAUGAGAGAAUACAUACAGGUGAGAAACCAUAUUCCUGUUCUGAGUGUGGGAAAUGUUUUACCCAGAAAUCACAACUUAUUACACAUCAGCGAAGUCACACAGGUGAAAGGCCAUUUCCAUGUCCUGAGUGUGGGAAAUGUUUUGCACAUAAAUCAGAUCUUGUUAGUCAUAACAGAAAUCACACAGGUGAGAAGCCAUUUUCAUGUUCUGAGUGUGGGAAAUGUUUUACCUGGAAAUCACAACUUGUUACACAUCUGCGAAGUCACACAGGUGAAAAUCCAUUUCCAUGUUCUGAGUGUGGGAAAUGUUUUACAUAUAAAUCACAACUUGUAAUACAUAAGAGAAUACAUACAGGUGAGAAACCAUAUUCCUGUUCUGAGUGUGGGAACUGUUUUACAUACAAAUCAACUCUUGAUGCACAUAAGAGAAGUCACACAGGUACAUCACCAUUUCCAUGUUCUGAGUGUGGGAAAUAUUUUGCACAAAACUCACAACUUGCUAGACAUCAGAGAAGUCACACAGGUGAGAAGCCAUUUCCAUGUCCUGAGUGUGGUAAAUGUUUUGCACAAAAUUCAGAUCUUGUUAGUCAUAACAGAAGUCACACAGGCGAGAAUCCAAUUUCUUGCUCUGAGUGUGGGAAAUGUUUUGCCUGGAAAUCACAACUUGUUAAACAUCAGAGAAGUCACACAGGUGAGAAGCCUUUUCCAUGCUCUGAGUGUGGGAAAUGUUUUGCAAACAAAUCAGAUCUUGUUAAACAUAAGAGAAGUCACACAGGUGAGAAGCCAUUUCCAUGUACUGAGUGUGGUAAAAGUUUUGCACAAAAAUCAGAUCUUGUUAGUCAUAACAGAAGUCACACAGGUGAGAAUCCAAUUUCCUGCUCUGAGUGUGGGAAAUGUUUUGCCCGGAAAUCACAACUUGUUAUACAUCACAGAAGUCACACAGGUGAGAAGCCAUUUUCUUGCUCUGAGUGUGGGAAAUGUUUUGCCUGGAAAUCAGAUAUUGUUAGACAUCAUCGAAGUCACACAGGUGCGAGGCCAUUUCCAUGUUCUGACUGUGGAAAAUGUUUUGCACACAAAUCACAUCUUGUUAUUCAUCAGAGAAAUCACACAGGUGAGAAGCCUUUUUCUUGCACUGAGUGCACGAAAAGUUAUACUCAGAAAUCAGAACUUGUUACACAUCAGAGAAGUCACACAGGUGAGAAGCCAUUUCCAUGUCCUGAGUGUGGGAAAUGUUUUGCACACAAAAGAGAUUUUUUUAAACAUGAGAAAAGUCACACAGGUGAGAAGCCAUUUCCAUGCUCUGAGUGUGGGAAAUGUUUUACACAGAAAUCACAUCUUGUUACACAUCAGCAAAUUCACACAGGUGAGAAUCCAUUUCCAUGCUCUGAGUGUGGGAAAUGUUUUGCACACAACUCAGCUCUUGUUAUACAUCACAGAAGUCACACAGGUGCGAAGCCAUUUCCAUGUUCUGAGUGGGGGAAAUGUUUUACACACAAAUCACAAUUUGUUACACACCAGAGAAGACACACAGGUGAGAAGCCAUUUUAAUCUUCUGGAGUAUACUCAUCAUUGCCAUGCGUUGUUCUUCAAGGUUCUUAUCGUAUCUUCUAUGCUUUUUGCAAUAUACAUGCUACUGCAUGGUGAAAUAAUCAGAUGUCAUGUCCUCAUCUACCACUGCUAUGCAGAUGAUCUGUCUUUUGCUCCAGACACUGAGAACCCAGUCCCAAUCCUAAAUGGUUGUCUAGCUGAGCUCCAGGUGUGGGUGAUGCCAGUUGGCUGUGACUCAGUCCUGGUGAAACAGGUCCAUAUGGUAGAAGCUCACCAACAAAGGACAGGGCUACAGCUCAGCUUUGCAAACCAACCAGACUUACACUUGGGGGUUCAGAGUUACAAAAUUCUGAUCCUGUGCAGAAUCUUGGUGUCCUGGAUGGUGGAGUGACACUUAGACAUCAGGUAUCAUCCACAAUCAGAUCCUCAUCUGAGGAACAUAGCCAGACUCCAGCACUUAUUUCCCUCAGAAGAUCUACCUACAGUCAUACAUGUACUUGUAUCAUCACGCACAGACUACUGCAAUGUCCUCUACCUGGGUCUCCCAGCAAAAGAAUUACUGAGCUUGUAGCUUGUACAGAAUGCAGCAGCCAGGCUGUUACCUAACCAGCCCGUUCCUGCCACAUAACACCCAUUCUCUGCUCCCAUCACUGGCUGCCUGUAAGAUGAUGACUCGGGGCCUAAUUCAGGUCUGAUCGCAGUGUGUGAUCCAAACGGAAUUAUUGAAAAAUUGCGGGCGCAUCCACUGCGCCCAUCCCGUGCAUGCACCUGCAUUUUCUGCAGAGGGGACGCAGAAAAUGUGAUUGCCUGUCAGGCAGAGGCAGUCACGGGGGUGGGCGGGCAAUGCUCCAUUUCCAGGGAGGAGACGGAUCGGUGCUGGGGCAGUGUGGCGCGAACGGAGGACAGACGGGCAUGAUCACGGCUGUGUGACAUCACAUGCAGCUGCCAUGAUCAAGAAAAAUGCAGCGGGCCUCCUGCGCAAGCAGCGGCAGCAGGAGGCUUCACUAAUUUCUACGAUAAAGCAGAAAUUGUGAGGCAAUCGCAAUUUCUGUUUCAUCAAGGGGGUAGGCGGUGGUCAGCAUGCUGGGUGGCCUUGCGAUGGGCGGCCCCUAGCACGCUAGGAAAAGGAUUGCUAAUUAGCAGCAUCUGCUAUCUUUACUGAAUUUAGACCCUCUAUUAAGUAAUCUUACUGACUCCCAGCCUUGCAUGACCAUGAUACCAGAAGCAGCUGCUGCUUCCGUACUGCCUGGGUUUCUUCCAUCUGUUGAUGGACUGUUAGCAGUACCAUAAAUUCCCAAGCAAUGCUAAGAUGUCAGGGGAAACAGGGUGGGUGGCAGUAGCGGGGGCUACUGGAGGCAAUGUCUAUGUGGGUAAUAUUGUCCCCAAGCAGUGCUGAGGAGGGAGACAGGGCAGGGGGCAGUAGUAGGAGCUGCUGGAGGCAAUGUCUAUGAGGUUAAACGUCCCCAAGCAGGGCUGAGGCGGGAGACAGGGUGGGUGGCAGUAGUGGGAGCUGCUGGAGGCAAUGUCUAUGUGGGUAAAUGUCCCCAAGCAGGGCUGAGGAGGGAGACAGGGCAGCGGGCAGUAGUAGGAGCUGUUUGAUGCAAUGUGUAUGUGGGAAAACGUCCCCAAGCAGGGCUGAGGAGGGAGACAGGGUGGGUGGCAGUAGUGGGAGCUGCUGGAGGCAAUGUCUAUGUGGGUAAACAUCUGCAAGCAGGGCUGAGGUGUCAGAGCGGGGAGACAGGGCAGGUGGCAGUAGUAGGGGAGACACGGGUGGAUGGCAAUAGUGGGGGGAGAUGGGACGGACGGCAGUAGUAGGGGAAACAGGGCAGGUGGCAGUAGUAGGGGAGAC